GGCGCUGCUUUCUCUCCAGUGAUUUUACUAAUGUUCUGGCGGUUGGCUGUGUAGUUUACCUGACCGGGGAAAGUGACAGCGGGGCGUGGUGUCCCAGGAUAACAGAGCGGCUCCAGCUAUGGAGGUGAUCAGGAGCCGGGCACUGCCUGCCCUGAGGAGGCCGAACACCGCGGGCUCCGUGCAGCUGAGGAAGCGCAGGUCCAAGCUCUACAGCAAGGAUGGCCGGGACGCGGCGGGCGCAGGCCUCCUUGGAGAAAACAUUUACUUUGUCUUGUUCACAGUCACAUUUCGGAUUGUAAACUGUGGUUUGGUACAGACCAGCUUUGUCCCUGAUGAAUACUGGCAGUCCCUCGAAGUGGCGCAUAAUAUGACUUUCAAUUAUGGCUAUCUAACAUGGGAGUGGAAUGAAGGUUUGAGGGGGUUCACGUACCCCCUGCUGUUUGCCAUUGUUUAUAAGCUUUUAUAUUGGAUUGGCAAGGAUGACGUCUUCUUUCUGAUUUGGCUUCCAAGACUGAUACAGGCUGUGUUCUCCGGCAUGGCAGAUGUAAAACUAUACAGUCUAGUGAGGCGCAUGGAAAAUCCAAACAUAGCAAAAUGGGUGUACUUCUGUCAGCUGUGCUCCUGGUUUACAUGGUACUGCUCCUCAAGAACUCUGACAAAUACAAUGGAAACAGUACUUGGCACUCUGGCUUUGUAUUAUUACCCUCUGGAAGGUUCACAGACAAAGAACAGCACCAAGUACCUGCUCUUCGUGGCUCUCGCAUUUCUAGUCCGGCCAACUGCACUUAUUCUGUGGGUUCCAUUGCUUUUAUAUCAUUUUUGCAAAGAGCAGAAGAAACUAGACUUAAUAAUUCAUCAGUGUUUACCUGUUGGACUGUUUACCCUUGGAGGUUCAGUAAUAAUUGACUGGGUAUACUUUGGCAAGUGGACUGUAGUUCAGUGGAACUUUUUGAAGUUUAAUGUUCUCCAAAAUAUCAGCACUUUCUAUGGGUCUCACCCUUGGCACUGGUACAUCACUCAGGGUUUUCCAGUCAUCAUUGGCACACACUUGCCGUUCUUUAUACACGGCUGUGUGGUGGCACCAAAAAGAUAUCGUGUUCUACUAGUAGCCAUAGUUUGGACUGUCUUAAUAUAUAGCACUUUGAGCCAUAAGGAAUUUCGAUUUAUCUAUCCGGUGCUUCCGCUCUGCAUGAUCUUCUGUGGUUUUUCACUUUCAAGUAUUAAACGUUGGAAGAAAGCAGCUAUUGGUCUUUUGGUUUUAUCGAACCUGCUUCCAGCACUCUACACUGGGUUGAUUCACCAGAGAGGAGCCCUGGACAUAAUGAGCAACAUUCAACACUUAUGUAACAAGGAGAACUCCUCCCUUCUGAUUCUGAUGCCUUGUCACUCCAUUCCCUACUACAGCCAUGUUCAUUGCCCCAUUAAGAUGAAUUUCCUUGAGUGCCCUCCCGAUUUAGAAGAUCAUGAUACAUAUGUUGAUGAAGCUGACCUGUUCUAUGUAAGCCCCCUGGCUUGGCUCAAUGCAGAAUUUUAUGAUCCCAAGCGAUUACCAACACACUUACUAAUGUUUAGUGUUCUAGAAAAGGUGAGUGUAUUAAGCCAAACAACAAGAAGGCCCCAGGAGCCAAGAUCUCAAGACUAUGGAUGUGCAGCACACGGAUGCUUCCAUAUUGUGGGCAUGCACAACCAUACACUACAAAAACAGUAUUUGCCCCUAACCCCUCAGUGACCAGCCUGUUUGGGCCUUAGUAACCAAGCAAUUUUUUUCAUUGUUGCCUUCGAAGAGCUAUAACUUAUGUUGUUAGUUUUUUUUUUUUACACCAUUUUAGGGUACACAUAAGUUACUUAGAAAUGUAGCCAUGCACAUCUGCCAUCAUAUCGUGCAGGAUGUUUUGUAUCUUUUUUCUGUAAUUUUUAUUUAUUUUUUAUUAGUCUUAAAGGAGUGGCACCUUCAGGUGUGAAUGCGCCUCUAUCUUGGGAGUAACAUUCUUGUGCACUUUUGCCCCACCUAUCUAAUAGGCGUGUGUGCUCCUCCACUUAUUGGUUGCUUGGUGCACAUAGAGGUGACUAGGAGCAGCACACUAUAUAUGCAGGGUCUGCGCUCCUGAAUAUAGAUGCACAACUGCAUAGGUAGGUCUAGAGUAGGACCUGCCUGACCAGAGACCACCGUAGCGCUGGGUAGGUGGGCAUAGAUGUUUUGAUCAAAAUAUAUUGGCUGAGAGUCUUAGAUUUUAUCAUUACAGUGAGGGCUUAGUCCAUACAUUAUGUUUGCAUCUAUUGUUGCAGUGUGUUGUUUUCUGUGACUUAUAAAUGUAGCC